CGAUUACUGGUCUACCGGUAACCAAGCUUCCGUUGCCGGAUUCCUGGGUCUCACGAACCGGUACCUCUAUGCUAACUUCACGGACAAAGGACGCUUUGUAAUGUAAAGAAAACGGGAUUUAAUAAAGGCAGUGAAAAUAGUUUGGGGUGAGUCGAGGAUUCUACGUGCCACGUCGACACUCAACAUUUCGAGACUUUUUUUUGUAUUUUUUGGAAGUCAACAGUUUGCAGUCUUUGAGCCGUGAAACUCCAAGGAAAAAGUGUCUGAGUCACUCGGAGUUUCAACACAUGUAUGUGAACUGGGAUUAAUGACUUCUUUUCUUCUCAAGUACGUGUUCCGCUUUAAUUUGACUCACAAGCCUGACACCAGAUACACUCAUCCGCCAGACAGCUGCCAUGACUCCCACACUGCUUCCUCCAUGUUAGCCGAACGGACCCCGCUAAACUGCCGAACCAAGCCGCUGGUAGACCACCUCUUUUUUGUUUAGCAGGUGAAAGGCGUGGCUCUGGGCGGGGGAAGCUUUGUUCACCGUGACACCUUCUUGUUUUGAGAGAAAGCCGACAUUCGUUCGUUAUUCUGCCGCUGCGCUUUUGUGGACUGUAAUUCCUCUCAAAUGAGAGGCUCCACGGCGAGGGGAUCCGCCGGGUAAUGCACACAGGACGGUGGUGAAAGAGGGCUACUUUCGGAAGUUUCGCCGCUGAGUGUUUUUGUGUUAAAUACUUAUUUAAAGUGGAUCCUCUGAGGACAUGGCGCUGUCUCAAAUCCAGUGUCUUGACGACCACCACGUCAAUUGGCGUGUGAGCGAGAGCAAGCCGGAGUUCUUCUACAGUGAGGACCAGCGGUUAGCCCUGGAGGCGCUCAUUAACCACGGCCGUGGUGCUUUCAAUGACUUUCUCAGCGAGAACACUGUCCGGGACUUCCUGUCAGAACCCGAACUGGAGAGAAUCGCCCACACGGCGGAGGCUUACCGGCCCGGACAUGAGCACCACCAAAAGCCAGAGACCCCCGGCCAAGCGGGGAACAUAACCCCCGGGUCAGGGGAAGUUGGAGAUGGCGAGGUAUCGCUUCAGUAUUGGCCGGACCGGUCCGAAGCCUCCGUAGCAGAGCUGGACCUUGGUUGGCCGGACGCCAUCUCCUACCGUGGGGUCACGCGCGUGACUGUAUACACGCAGCCCCCUACUGACGCUCAUGCGCAUAUCAAGGAAGUAGUGCGCAAGAGCAUCGCUUCUGCCCAAAGAGUGAUUGCUGUCGUGAUGGAUGCUUUCACUGAUGUGGACAUAUUUCGAGACCUGUUGGAUGCGGCCUACAGACGGAAAGUUCCUGUGUACAUAAUCAUCGACAUAUCUGCAGUUCCCAGCUUUCUUUCCAUGUGUGGCAGAGCUGAUAUGCACCGUGGACACCUAAAGAAUAUUCGUGUGCGUUGCUGUGGAGGUGUGGAGUUCUUUACACGAUCAGCGCAGAAAGUCCGGGGUUCCCUGAGCCAGAAGUUUCUCCUGGUCGAUGGAGAUCGAGCCAUCUCUGGUUCAUACAGUUUCACGUGGUCUUCGUCUCGUUUGGACCGUAAUCUCAUCACAGUGAUCACAGGACAGGCGGUGGAGACCUUUGACUUCCAGUUUCGGGAACUGUUUCUCAUGUCCCGGAGUGUGUCUCUCAGCAAGGUCCCCAUGGUCGAUGAACCGGUCCCUGACCCGCUCCCUCAGGCCGCGCCUGUUGUCGUGUCAGCCACCGUUGCUAAGAAGCUCAUCAACCCCAAAUAUGCCCUGGUUGCCGCAGGAACGCACACAAGCCCUACUUCUUCUGACCAGAACUCUAGCAACAAGAACUCACAGGUGCCAGGUGGGUUAAAAAUUCACAAAGGCCGUCUUAAGAUUGUUUCUGAGGAGCCACAGAUACAUCCAGCUUUAGUCAAUAUGGAGAAAGCGUACCUGAUCCCGUACCUUCCCACCUGGCCAGAACCAGACCCACCGAGUGAUGUGAUUGGUUUCAUCAACAUUCGGGAUGAGAAGCGAGCCAAUCAGGUUCACUUGCAGAGGUCAGAGCGUUUUGAGGUCAGUCAGGCAAUUCGAUUCCGCUCACCGCUGAUAUUACCAAGCCAGACUGAGGAGGCCGCGUCUUGUCAGGAUACAAAAGCCAGAGAAAAACCUCCUCCUGGCAAUACCUCAGAACCCAAAAAGCAGCAGCCAGAAAGUAAAGCUUCAGAUGAAAUCAUCACAGACACAACAGAUUCCAGGAGGCCCUCUCAGCAGACCACCACACAGGAGACAACCCAGACACACAAUCCCACUUCUGAACCAGCUGCAGAGCCUCUGCAAGCAGGCAAGUCCAAAAAAGCUGCAGAAACUCAAGCGCCAGCUCCUCCUGUUCCUAAACGGCGGACAAUGCACCUGGUCAUAGACCCAGCCAUCACAGACCAACCCACACAAGCACUCAUCACUUUGGUUAAAAUUGACCCGCAUGACAAAACAGACUCCUCCAUGAACAAGAGAGGCAGCCUGUCCAGCCAUGUCCGCGUCACCGCUAUGGAGGAAGGCGGAGACUCUGGCAGCAACGACAACGGUAGCCAAGACAGCACCAAGGUCAUGUGCGACCGAGCUGCCGUUGAUGACCCCUCAAGCACUUCAACGGCAUCAGAAGAGGAGUAUUACGACUGUUCCCAACAGCAGCCCAGCGAUCUGUUGGUUGACAUUGUCACCACAGGGUCAGGUCGUGGGAAUCGGCUAGGAGAUGGUGUCAACAUGAUGGCCCGCCUCUCUCAAAGCAUGCUGGAUUUGCGGGAGCCCAGUCAGACGGAGGACAGCGCGGCCCUCAUCCGCCAAUCACAGCAGCUACGCAAGCAGGGUCACGUCUCACCAUAUAGGCGCUUUAGACAGUUAUUCCCGAUGUCGAGGUCUCCUGGUCGGGAUGCAAGACAGAGAGGCCCAAAAGUCAUCAUUUCCAAACCAGGAAGUUUCCACCGCCCCCACAGAGCAGCCGGCCCUGUGAUUGGAGGACACCGCUACUGGCAGGGACACACACUACAGCCAGAGGCCAACCUGGCGCGAGCUGAGAUACGAUCUGGCCGUUCACCACAACGGCACAGUUUGAGCUACGGGAAGGCAACUCAUACUUCUUCCCAAUCAUCUGGAACCACCCCUUCCGGGCUUGGAGCAUCUCUCUCUAAGAUGAACAGUUUUCGACAUAUGAGGAUGCGAGGAGGAGUCUCACAGAAGAAGGUGUCUCAAAACAACAAGGCAACCAGGUAGAAAUGUCGGCCAGUCCAGGUACUCAACGAUAUUUGUUGAUGUUCUUUUUUUAUUGUAACAGUGGAAUCUAUUUAUGACAUACAUGUCAUUUAAAAAAAAAAACCAUGAGGCUCAGAAUGCAUAUACGGUAAAUUAAUGUAGUUAUACAUAAUGUUAACAAGGAAUUGAAUGUAAAUGAAUUACAUUACUAUGCAGGUGAACUGUCAAUAUAUAUCAGGAUAUUUUUUGCAAGAUGCCUACUUAAUAUAGACUGCGGUCUAUUAAAACAACCUUAGGAACAUUUACUUGACCACCUCUCAAAGGAGACUUUCAGAUUUUUGCACUGUAAAUCUUUUUAGAAACAAAACACAGAUGCUAUGUCUGUGUGGGGAGCUAAGGUCAUCUGACCCCUACGAUGAAAACACUGUGAUUGGUUACUGACAUUGUGGGGGCGGGGCUUCUUCUUGACAGUUUUAUCCAUAUUUGGACAAAGCCUAGUGGACUUGUACAGAUGUAGAUGUGUUUAUGAACAUGAUGUGGGACCAAAAGUGAAUGUUAUUAAUAAAACAUUAGCUUUUUGCUGAAAUAUUCGAGUCAAGCGUCCAAAAAUCUGCAGAGCAACCCUAAACAUGUAUUUCUUACUUGUUUUGAUUUGAAAAAUGACAAAUACCGUUCCACUCCAGACUUAAAGGUGACCGUAAACAUGCAUUACAGAGUUGCAUGUGUGCAGAAGUACCUGAUCAGUGCACCAGUACCAGGUGGCAAGGAUGGUGAGCCCUAAAGUCAUGCCGGGCCACGGCAAGUCUCCAGUGACGGCAUCUCGGAACAGAUGCAUUGCGUCCUGACGAGGCAAGUGGCAGGUACUGUUGGGAAUGAUCUUGCUUGGUACUGCCAUACUGUAAACGCGCUCCAAGUUACUAUAGCCGCCAAUCUUGUUAAAGGCUGUAAAUCAAAAGCACACACUGUCAAUGCAACCACUGUUCUGUGAAGUAACCUGCGCUAUUAUUUCUGCAUCAUUUCUGCAUGGAAUGAAAUGAGCAUACAUACCAGUGAUCGUGAGGAUAAUUGCUCCCACAAUCAUCACUAAUGUUUGCAGAGUGUCCGUGUAGAUGACAGCAGCCAGACCACCUGAGAGGAAGUCAGUGUGUUGGGAGAGUUUUGUAAAAACCUAAUGAUGGUACGCAUUUGCAGUUGUUUUCAUAUUGUGGUUAGGACCUCCCCAACAGUUUUUACCUGCUCACUGUAGGAAGUAAAAAAAAUAAAAAAAUAUUGCUUUGAAAUAGUUGAU